UUAGCUGGCUCUAACUUUUCUACUACGUUCCCUCUCUCUCUCUCUCUCUGUCUCUCUCUUUCUCUUUCUUCUGUAAAAAUAAUCAAACACUUUUCUCGCCCUGCGCUUUAUUUUGCUUCGUGAAUUGGCUUUUUGUCAUUUAUAUCGAUACAGACACAGAGAGAGUUCUUCCUCACACACCCAUCCUGCGAAUUUAAAUCGAUUCAUCAGCCAUGUCUUACGCUUACCUCUUCAAAUAUAUAAUCAUUGGAGACACAGGCGUGGGGAAGUCAUGCCUGCUCCUGCAAUUCACGGAUAAGAGGUUUCAACCUGUCCAUGAUUUGACAAUUGGUGUUGAGUUUGGGGCUCGGAUGAUCACCAUUGAUAACAAACCUAUCAAGCUCCAAAUAUGGGACACGGCUGGUCAGGAAUCAUUUAGGUCUAUCACAAGGUCCUAUUAUAGAGGAGCUGCUGGUGCACUUCUUGUAUAUGACAUUACAAGGAGAGAGACUUUUAACCACCUGGCUAGUUGGCUUGAGGAUGCAAGACAACACGCAAAUGCCAAUAUGACCAUCAUGCUUAUUGGUAACAAGUGUGAUCUUGCUCAUAGAAGAGCUGUCAGCACGGAGGAAGGCGAACAAUUUGCAAAGGAGCAUGGGCUGAUAUUUAUGGAGGCUUCUGCCAAAACAGCUCAAAAUGUGGAAGAGGCCUUCAUUAGCACAGCUGCAAAGAUCUAUCAAAAGAUUCAAGAAGGGGUCUUUGAUGUAUCAAAUGAGUCAUAUGGUAUCAAAGUUGGGUACGGAGGAAUUCCAGGCCCAUCUGGGGGAAGAGAUGGUACUGUUGCUCAAAGAGCCGGUUGCUGUAGUUGACCCACACAUACACCUGUUACGAGGUUUAUGGAAUUAGUCAUUGGCUUCUGAUGUUUCUAGAAUGUGCAGAUCUGUUUUUUGAACUUCAAUACUGUUUCUUUGAUUUCUCUUGAAAUGUGAAAUAUGCAUGUAAAAGUUUGUACGUGAAAUCCACAUUUAUCACCUUGUUCUUUGGUUCUGACUUACGAGAGCUGCAAUUAUGUGCAUUGAAAUGUAAUAAAAUGAGGUAAAUGUGGUUCUUAUGC